AUGGGAUCACAAUGUACAAAUUGCAAAUGCGUCAACACAAAAAAUGAGAUACUUAAAACUUAGGAUAAUGUGACUUUAGCAACCUCUGACUCUUCUUCUGUGCAUUAAAAAAAAAUUAAAAAAGCUAUCCUCAUUUAAUCCUAUUGGAGGGGUUACAUUAUUCGGAAAAAGUUGAAAUAAAUGAGACUCAAGAAACGGGAAACUCUAAAUAGUUAUAAUUCUAAAAUGGAUGCCAGCGAGUUUUUCUUUUCGUCUGGUGUCACUUUGAAUCAGGAUGAAUUUCCCCAAGAAGACAGAGGACCUCAUAAGAGGAGCUAUAUAUACGGGACAAUGGAAAGGUAAGGCAAGAGAUGGUUAUGGGCCAAAUAUGAUGGCAUGUGGAAAUAUAACAAAGCUCAUGGCAAAGGUAAAUUUCAACAUGCAAAUGGCGACGUUUUUGAUGGGGAAUGGGAAAACGACAUGGCCAAUGGAUUUGGAAUUUAUCAACAUUUCAACGGUCCAAAGUAUGAGGGACAGUGGUUCUGUGAUUAACAACAUGGUUACGGUGUAGAAACCUGGGCGGAUGGUUCAUAGUAUUAAGGGUUUUUUUAAAAAGGAUUGAAGCAUGGGAAAGGAAAGUAUAAAUGGGCAGAUGGAUAAGUUUACGACGGAGAUUGGUAUAAAAAUAAAAUACACGGUAGAGGAAUCCUAUAAUGGCCUGAUGGAAGAAGAUAUGAAGGAGAAUUUUAAAAUGAUAACAUGCAUGGAAGAGGGCUUUAUUAGUGGCCAGAUGGAAGAAAGUAUGAGGGCCAUUAUUUUAACGAUCAAAAGCAUGGAUAUGGAAUAUAUUAAUGGAGUGAUGGUAGGAAGUAUGAAGGAGAAUGGGAAAAUGGAAAAUAGCAUGGCAAAGGUGUAUAUAUAAAUGGAGAAAUCGAAAGACCUGGAGAAUGGUACCAAGGCAAAAGAAUUAAAUGGGAUUCAGAUAGCAAUGCAUGA